CCGUUGAGCGGAAUGGAGUACAGUUACGAUGUAGAUCUUGAAGAGCUGUGUCCGGUGUGCGGAGAUAAAGUGUCAGGAUACCACUAUGGAUUACUGACAUGCGAAAGCUGCAAGGGAUUUUUUAAAAGGACCGUUCAAAAUAACAAAAGAUAUACAUGUGCCGAGAGCCAGGACUGUAAGAUCGACAAAACCCAAAGGAAACGGUGUCCAUUUUGUCGGUUUCAGAAAUGUCUUAAUGUUGGAAUGCGAUUAGAAGCGGUUCGAGCUGAUCGGAUGCGAGGGGGUCGCAACAAGUUUGGCCCGAUGUACAAACGUGACCGCGCCCUGAAACAGCAGAAAAAGGCCUUGAUACGAGCCAGCGGCCUUAAAGUGGAACCCCCACCUCCACUAGUGUCCCCAUCCCAAACAGACUACACCUUCAGCGGAGGGCUAUCCACCCUUCAGCCUUUACCCAAAGCCGUGUUACCAGCCAAUGUCACAGGGAUCACCCCGACCGAUUACGACCGCACACUGUAUGCCCCCACUUCCUUAGGCAUGCCCAUGCCGGGUCACAACCCUCUGCCCACCCACUACCACCAGUACACCCCUUUCCCCAGUCGGGCCAUCAAGUCUGAAUGCCCUGACCCCUACACCAGCUCGCCCGACUCAGUGUCAGGGUACUCAUACGUGGAGCAGACGCAUGCAACAAGUUCACCGCAGACACCCGCAGUGCCUGCUCUGGUGCAGGAGCUGCUGCGUUGCGAGCCGGAUGCUUUGCAGGUGCAGAGCAAGAUCAGUGCGCAGCUACAGCUGACACAGGAACAGAGCAGUCAUAGCAAACACACACUGAGUACAUUCAGCCUCCUGUGCCACAUGGCUGACCAGACGCUCUUCUCCAUUGUAGAGUGGGCACGGAGCUGCAUCUUCUUCAAAGAGCUUAAGGUAGGGGAUCAGAUGAGGCUGCUGCAUAACUGUUGGAGUGAGUUGCUAGUGUUGGAUUAUAUCUCCAGACAAGUUCAGCAUGGCAAAGAGGACAGUGUGUUGCUUGUUACAGGACAAGAGGUUGAGAUAUCGACCAUUGUGAGCCAGGCGGGGGCAACACUGAGCACCUUGGUGCAGAGAGGGCAAGAGCUGGUGGGCAAAUUACAAGCAUUGCAGGUGGAUUGGCGAGAAAUCGCCUGCUUCAAAUUCCUAAUCCUCUUCAACCCUGAUGUGAAGCUGUUGGAGAACCAGGCAUUUGUAGAGAGUGUUCAGGAGCAGGUGAAUGCUGCUCUGUUGGAGUACACUGUGUGUGUGUAUCCUCAGUAUGUUGAUAAAUUCAGUCAAUUGCUGCUGCGUUUGCCUGAGCUUCGAGCCCUGAGCUCUCAGGCUGAAGAUUACUUGUGUUACAAACAUCUGAGUGGAGAGGUACCCUGUAACAACCUGCUCAUUGAGAUGCUGCAUGCCAAGAGAGCCUGUGUUUGA